AUGAAGUAUGCGCUCAGAAAAAGCCCCAGAAAUUCCCCCCUGACAACCCUCUUUGCGUUCCAUAAGACCGCUGCCUCUUCCUUGCAGGUCCACUUGAACGCGAAGGAACUCCGGCUGGCCUCGGGGUCGCGGGGAACGUCGUCCAUUCCGAGAAGGAAGAUGGAAUCUCAGGUUCUGAAAACCGGUUCCCUCCUGACGGCUCUGUGGAUAACAUCAUGGACGCCUUAUGUGAUCGUCCUGCUGAUAGCGAUGCUCCGUGGGGAGGAGUUCCUGUCGCCGCUGAUCGUGACUCUGCCUUCUAUCUUCUGCAAGGCCUCCGCAUGCUUCAAUCCAUAUAUCUACGGACUCUGUUUGCCAGCGUUCAGGGAUACUGAUCUAUGGCUCACUAUAAACAAGCAAUGUGAUAUGCCCACAGGAAUUAGGCUAAAUUGGCAAACCGACGAAAUAAGCAAUAAAGAACUAAAUGUACCCAGCGCAGGUAGCCGGAUUGUUGAAAUGACUUAA